ACUAGUAAAACUACCACGAAACGAAAGCACGAUUAAUUUUGUUUUAUUUACGUUUGAUACUACCCCUUCGUGGCUACAUAGUGAUUGGAAUUUUAACUUUUUGUUAAAUUUAUAUUUCAUAUCGACAUUUCCGCUCUGGGAGUUUGUCAGACGAAGGGCUACUUGUGAGGAUUGGCGAGUACAUACAAACAACGUAGCGAUUUCCGUGAUGGACGUGAUACAUGCGUGUCGCUGCUGCCUGCGGUGUGCUCCGGUCAAGGACCUGACGACGCCGUACGCACAUCUCGGCGAAACGGAGAUAUAUGCCGACAUUAUCAAAGAGUGCUUUAAUAUACAUCUGGAGGUUGGCGGCUCGGGCUCGUGCGGCAUCUGCACUAUGUGUGUGUGCCGCCUGCGAGACGCGAGCAACUUCAAGCUGCAAGUGCAGUGCAGCCAGGCGGAGCUGCAGGCGCGGCUGCAGGGAGCGGGUGGUGUCAAAGAGGAAGAAUCUGCAGUCGAGCCAGAGAAUCUACAAAUUCAGGAUAGAGAUGGCACCGGUGAGCCUGUAUCGGGUGACGAGCCCCCGGUGACGGUCAAGUCAGAGAUGCUGGAUGAAGAUGUGGCUCCUGAUGACAUGUUGCAUGAGGAGCUCAUAAUCAAACCGGAGCUGGCGGACGAAGAGGAAACCAGUGAUGAGAUGUCGCUGUGUUCGUACGGCAGCGCCGCCCGCGCCAGGGAACAGCUCGCGAUGUCAACCGGAACAAAACAAAUUUCUUGUGAUUUUUGUAGUUCUACAUUCCAAACAGAAUCGCUUGUUUUAGAGCAUGAAAAAAUCGAACAUGGUGUUGCAAAUUUCAUGUGUGCUCAUUGCGAGUAUACAACGGUAUACAAGACAAGUUUGCAAGCUCAUUUGAAAACUCAUAAUGUAGACAACCUUUUUAAUUGUACUCACUGCAGUUACAAAAGUCCGAUUAAAAGUGAUUUACACAAACACCAAGCGAUACACACUGGUGAUAAGAAGACACCCAAACAAGCACACCUAAGAAUACACACCAGAGAAAAGCCUUAUAAGUGUACUCAUUGCGACUACAAGUGCCGUGAUAGGACAGGCUUACAAACACACCAAAGAAUACACACCGGAGAAAAGCCUUACAAAUGUAGUCAUUGUGACUACAAGUGCAGUAAUUCUUCAUCCUUACAAAUACACCAAAGAAUACACACCGGAGAAAAGCCUUACAAAUGUAGUCAUUGUGACUACAAGUGCAGUGUAAGGUCAGGCUUACGCAGACACGAAAUGACACAUACUGGCAUGAAGCCUUUUGCAUGUAGCCACUGUGAUUAUAAAUGCAGUCAGAAAUCAAACUUACAAACACACCAAAGAAGACACACUGGAGAAAAGCCUUACAAAUGUAGUCAUUGUGACUAUAAGUGCAGUCAGGGGUCAGUCUUACAAACACACCAAAGAAUACACACCGGAGAAAAGCCUUACAAAUGUAGUCAUUGUGACUAUAAGUGCAGUCAUAGGUCAGUCUUACAAACACACCAAAGAAUACACACCGGAGAAAAGCCUUACAAAUGUAGUCAUUGUGACUAAAAGUGCAGUGUAAGGUUAGGCUUACGCAGACACGAAAUGACACAUACUGGCGACAUGCCUUUUCAAUGUAGCCACUGUGAUUAUAAAUGUAGUGUUAAAUCCAACCUACGAAGAGUACGAAGUCACCAGAAGACGCAUGCCAGAGCGGGACAAAGCCUGACACUUUUGGAGUUCGAGCUACGUGUUGAGGGUCCUGAUGGAGAGGGUCUAGUUUUAGAUUAUAUGCUGUCCCGUAAUGGCCGGUUACGUGACCUGGCGCCGGUUGGAGUGGCUCUCGGUGGCUGUCGCCGGGGCCUUGGACUUCGGUGAUGGGU